UAAAAGAUGAGUUCAUUUUGAACGAAACGUUCACGAACGACACAUCACUACAGCUAGUGUAUAUUACAGCUUUUGUGAGAAUGAGCACUUUUUGACAAUUGAUUUUUUUUUAACAUUAAUCCAACAAAAGUUUAAAAAAUGUUUAUACUUGUCUGGAAAGCGUUGCAAUAUCGCCACGCAAAAUAUCGCGAUAUUUCACUGUAUCAUUUUAUUUUACAUAGAUCAUGACACAAAUCCCAAUAUAAAUUGUAAAACAAAAGGACAUUUACACCCAUAUUUCGUAACACCUGAAUUUGAAUUAGUAAAUUGAAGAUUAAAUAAAUAUUUAAUUUCGUGCAAAUAAUUUCAAACAUGCGCAGAAAUCUUAACUAAAAAGUUCCCCUCGACCCAUCUGUGGGUCCUGACCCAGACUUUGGCAACCACUGACCCCAGGCUUUCUUUCUUUCUUAGUUUAGGAGAAAUCAGGCCUGUGAUGGAAGAUUUUGACCCGUUCAGAGAGAGACAAAUCCAAUAUUUGAAGUUUGAUUUGAUAAAUAAAUAAAUCAACAAAUAACAUUAACUAGACACACAUUAUACAGUAGUUUUAGGGAUUUAAUGUACACUUUAAAUCAUAUCCUGAUGCGAGUGACAGUAAUCAAGUAGUGCCAUCUAGUGGAGAGAAACGUAUAUUUGGUUUACAAACAACAAAAUAUGAAGGAUAAAGUUGCGGUCGUCAUCUGAACGUUCACUUUCUCCAGGUGAGUAACUUCUUUUUCUUCUACUAGAAUGUUAUGGGUUCAAUUCCCUACUCCCGUAAUCGACACACUGACGCGUCAAGGUGAAAAAAUAAUAAAUCUGUUGUUUUAUUUUUCAGAUGAAUCGAUAGCAAAGUAGUUAACAGUUAGUUUUUGGUGCUUUAGUAAUAAACCAGGAAACCAAAUCUUUGUUUUCUCAGCUCAAAGCCGGUGUGUGUGUGUUUUAGUGUCCACAGAGUUGAGGUGACCGCAGCUGCCUGCUCUGCCUCUUUUCUAUUUUCUCCUCUGUGUUUCUGCAGCUGCCUCCUGUCACUCACUCACUCUGAGGUCUCUGGCUGUUCACACUCUUCACUCCUCGGCCAUGGCGCUCCAGCGAGCACUUGUGUCCACCACCGUCCUCCUCCUCGCUCUCUUUUCAUCUGAGUGCUGGGGCAGGAACGAGGAGGAGCGUCUCAUCCACUACCUGUUCAAAGUGCGGGGAUACAACAAGGAGCUGCGUCCAGUGGAGACACAGCAGGACGCCGUCGACGUUUACCUCGCCCUCACACUCUCCAACCUCAUCUCUCUGAAAGAAGUGGACGAGACGCUGCUGACAAACGUAUGGAUCGAUCAUAAGUGGACUGACUACCGACUCUCGUGGAACUCAUCAGAGUUUGAUGGGAUUGAAAUGCUGCGUCUGCCACCCAGUAUGGUUUGGCUGCCGGAGAUCGUUCUGGAAAACAAUAACGACGCUCAGUUCCAGGUAGCGUAUUACUCGAACGUGCUGGUGGGCAACACUGGUCUCUGUUAUUGGCUUCCUCCCGCCAUCUUCCGCUCCUCCUGCUCUAUCAACGUCAACUACUUCCCCUUCGACUGGCAGAACUGCACGCUCAAAUUCACCUCUUUGACCUACAACGCAAAGGAGAUCAGAAUGUUGCUGAAGGAGGAGGAGGAGGAGGACAAGACCAGUAAAUGGACGGUGGAGUGGAUCAUCAUUGACCCUGCGAGUUUUACAGAAAACGGCGAGUGGGAGAUCAUCCACCGACCAGCCAAGAGGAACACGUACAAACACAUUCCCAUGGAGAGCAACAAGCACCAGGACAUCACCUUUUACCUGGUCAUCAAACGCAAACCUCUGUUCUACAUCGUCAACAUCAUCAUCCCCUGUGUGCUCAUCUCCUUCCUGGCCUCGCUCGUCUACUACCUGCCUGCUGACAGUGGUGAGAAGAUGACCUUGUCCAUCUCAGUUCUCCUGGCUCAGUCUGUCUUCCUGCUGCUGAUUUCUCAAAGACUUCCAGAAACGUCCUUGUCUGUGCCACUUAUUGUGAAGUAUUUGAUGUUCAUCAUGGUGUUGGUCACCGUGGUCGUGCUGAACUGUGUGGUUGUUCUCAACCUGCACUUUAGGACACCGAGCACACACGUCAUGACAGAGUGGACCAAGAGGAUCUUCCUGGAGCGUCUGCCUCGGAUCCUGCGCAUGUCCCACCCUGCUGACGCGGAGCCCCAAUGGGAUGGGGCGUUGCCUCGGCGAUCCAGCUCUGUGGGUUACAUCGCAAAGGCCGAGGAAUACUACACGGUCAAGUCCCGCAGCGAGCUCAUGUUUGAGAAACAGUCAGUGAGACACGGACUGAGGACACGCACCACGCCUGCUGCAGUGGUGAAUCCACAGACAGAUGGAGAUUUGACAGACCAGCUGUACGCAGAGAUCAAGCCUGCGGUGGACGGAGCGAAUUACAUCAUCAAACACAUGCGAAACAAGAACGACUACAACGAGGAGAAGGAUAACUGGAGCGGCAUCGCUCGCACCGUGGAUCGCCUCUGUCUCUUCCUGGUCACUCCGGUCAUGACGCUCGGCACCAUCAUCAUCUUCCUGAUGGGAAUCUGUAACCACCCACCGCCUCUGCCUUUCCAAGGAGACAAACACGACUACAGAGAGGAGAACCCCCGUCUGCUCUAACAGGGAAUUGCACACACACACACACUAACACACUGACACUGUCACUGGUCAUGUGACUUGUUGCUUCUUUAUUACAUUUGAUUGACCUCUUUUUUUUGCUGUAUAGCUGUGUGUCGUUAUAUAUCACUAUUUUAAUUUUAUCAGUGUGGUUUGAAUAAACAUUUACACUCAGUA